AUGUCAAGUUCACCUGGUAAUUCCAAUUCUGAAUUUGAAACACUCUCAGAUGUGUUACAGACAUCAUCUCCAAGUAAUCAAUCAUCAAGACAAUUACAAAGUACAGGAGGAGGAACCGCAGCAUUAAAUUUAGCUGAAGCCAAAAUUGUCACGCAUGAAGAUAAAUUAAUACAAUUACAAUCACUCAAAAUCCAACUUUCAGAACAACAAGAUCAAUUGAUCAAAUCUCGAACAUCAUCAACUAAUGAAUUGAAUGAUUUACGUUUGAGACAUCAUCAAUUAACUCAAGAAUUAUCCAAAACCAGAAAGGAAACCAAUAUCAAAAACCUUCUCGAUUCCAAUACUAGUCAAUAUAUUAAGAAUUUGGAAGUUAAAAACUUGAAAAACGACGAUUAUAUCUUGAAUAAUUUGAAUGUGCUACCUUCAACAGAUUGGGAUUUGCGUUUAACAUAUAUUAAAAGAUUUGUACCGUAUUUGGAAAUUGACAAAAUUAGAACUUUUAAUGAAUGUGAUAGUGAAGGUAGUAUGAUAAGAAUUAUUGAAUUCCAAUUAAUUUUACCAUUAAUAUUUCAGAUCAAUUUUAGGUUAUUGGUUAAUUGUGAAAAUGAUAGUUUAAAGGGGAUUGAAAUUGAUGAUUUAUUCAAAAUAUCAAUGAUUUCAAAUUCAUUUUAUCAAAUGGUAGUUAAAAAUUAUAUCCCGAAUAAGAAAAUCAGUACGUUAAUGUUUGGAUUGAAUUCUUUUUCUAAACUAUUACAUAAACGAAUGUCAACAAUCAAUAAACUUGUAAAGAGUUUUCAAGAGAAUCUAUACGAUGCGGGAAAGUACCAAGAUUUGUUGGAUACUUCAGAUAAUAAGAAAUUGUUUGCCAUUUUACAAACCCUUGAUCAAAUAGAACUAAUAUUCACGAAAAAUGAAAGACAAUUCAAAAUUGUUUUAAAUUGGGAAAUUAUAAUUGGUGAUCCACUCACUGGUACAUGUAAUUCUCGAAUACAAUUGUAUAUGAUUGAUAUUCUUGAUAAUACUACCAAAAAUCUCAGUCAAGUAUUUGAAAAUCUACUAUUACAAUAUGACAUUUCCACAUCAUUAACGACAAUCAUCAAGACUAUAUUUUGA